AUGGAAUAUUUUGACGAAACAUCCAAUUGGCUUGAUAAACCUUUAUUUCAUUUGCUUAAUAUAGAAAAUGCGCCAGAAAUUAUUAUAAAUCCGUUUUUAGACUUAGAAAACCAAAGGACGAUAAAUAUUGAUGCAGAAAGAACGAAGCCUGAUGUAUUGACACCAGAUGAGACUUUUCAGCUGAAGCAGAUUUUGACUUUUUAUUGCAAGGAAGAAAAGAUUUUGUAUAAGCAAGGAAUGAAUGAAAUCAUGGCGCCGUUUAUAAUUUCUUGCAGAUUUGGGGUUACCUUGAGUCAGGCCUAUUUUUGUUUCAAAAAAUUAAUUUCCUUAUGCCUCCCUACAAUGUUUGAAGAUACUGUAAAUUCCAAAUAGACUUUUCGGCCAAUUCAAGGUCUUUUUGUAAUCUUAAAGCUCCUUAUGAAGUAUCACAGUCCUGAAAUUUUUACAUUUUUUACAAAAAAGGAAAUCACCCCUGAAGUUUUUGCAACUUCAUGAUUUUUGACACUUUUUUCAAGUAGAAUUCAAAAUAUAGAAAUUUUGUUUAGUUUGUGAGAACAAAUUAUUAUUGAAAAAGAUACUCUUUUAUAUAAGAAUAAGCAAAAAAUAUUUUUUAAUUCUUUUUAAUUUUUAUUGAUAUCAUGAGCAAUAUGUUUUUUCCUUGUUUUUUUGCAUUAGCGUUAUUAGAUCACAAUAAAACAGAAAUAUUAAAAUCUAAUGAAUUUAUGCCAAAAAUAAUCAGCAAAUUUCAGAUAGAAAGUUAUGAUUGUUUAAAUACUAUGCUAGAAAAAGCUAGAAAUAUGAAAAGAUAUAUGCCAAGAUCGAUGAGAAUUAGAUUGAAAAAAUAUAAUAUUUAUAAACUGGAGUCUAUCAAUCAAUUAGUCAGAAAAUUAAGCAGAAGCCCAAGCUUACCCCUGCUGCCUAAAGAAGUGGUUUUAAGGACUUAUCCACAAGAAUUUGUAUGCAAAUGUGAUAAUAAUUCCUGCUCUUGGUGCACUCAUCAAGACCCUGACCCUCCUUUGAUAAUUCUUGACUGCAGAUCUCCAGAUGAACAGUCUUUUGGCUGUCUACCGAAUACUGCACUUAUAGAUCCUCAGUACUGAGAAGGCGCGGCUUCAAUAGAAAGCAUAGUAAAUCAAUACUCAAACGAGAAAGGAGUGUUUCAUAUAUCAUUAUUAGGAAGCCAAUUUAUUUAUGAAAAAUCACAAGAAAAUGAAGAAACAGAGAACUCAGCAAAAAUGAUAAAAAAAUUAUUCCAAAAUUUCACUGAAAGCGGGUUUCCUUAUAUAAGCAUCAUAGAAGGUGGUUAUAAAUUAUGCCAUGAAGCUAUUCAAUGCGUGGCUAAAUUAAAUUUUAAUUUUUAGAUAUAUUUUCCUAAUUUGGAUAUAAAAUUAUAUAAAUUAUUAUUUUUCAGAAUAAAAAUUUGAUCUAAUUCUCUAUAUAAUAAGACGAUCUUUAUCAUUGCAAUCCCACAAUAUUUCUUUAUGUAAAGAAUGCGUUGUUCUUAACUCUUCAUCAGAAAGAAAUUCAACUAAGCUAAAAGAGCUUAAAGAAAAAAUCAUUGGAAACGUUCAAUCUCAAGUAAAAGACUCCCUAAUAAACCAGCGUCGCAUUUCUCGAGAAGAAUCAAUAAAAAUAUUCAAUGAUUUAAAAUCAACAGCUGAAAAAAUACAGAUUGACCUCAGCCUAAAGCACUAUGAAUGCCGAAAAUACAAUAAAAAUCUAGGCUCAUGCUACCCAGAAGAGUAUAUUUUGCUUUUAGACUCAAAUUAUCUGAUUUUAGCUACCCCUCUUAAUGAAGAAACAGGAAUCGUCGUCGAAAAAAGACAUAUAAAAGACCUUCAAAAAAUUACUUCUAUCAAAAAUUCUCCUAAAACCCUCACAUUUUCAUUUUUUGAGCAGAAAAAGAGAUCUUUCACAAUGAAGUCUAAAAAAGAAGCAAAAGCGGUCAUAAAGCAGCUGACAGGCCUUUAUAAUUUGUUCAAGCAGACUAGAAAUGUGGAAUCAUUAUAA